AUGCCCCUUCUGAUGCGCGCGGCGCGGAUCUGGCGUCAGUGGAGUUCCCGGCCUGGCGCAUUAUCUGGCGAACCCGGCCGCUUUGGCGUCCUGGCCCAUGGGAGAACUAUCGACUGCGCUGGCAAGUUUCUCCUCGCUCUGCUUGUCUGCUGGCGAGAGAUCCGCGACCAGUGCCCCAGCGAGCAAAACAUCACUUGGCAGAGGCCGCCUGGAUCUGGUAGCCAGCAAAAGGUGUAG